CGCAGAGAACCCAACUGGACGCAAAACAGUUUUGCGCUUCGUAUCUUCAUAUCUCGUGAACGCUUUGCAAUAUUUCGUCACCAGAGGUCUCCACUUGGCCCAGCUGAUCGCAGUUCAUUCGUGUGUGCCGUUGUCAGAAAGUUAUGUCUGUAUCUAUCAUGGAUUCCGACCCAAAGCUCGAAACCGCUCCCUUCGACCCCAGGUUUCCCAACCAGAACCAGACUAGAUACUGCUAUCAGAGCUUCGUCGACUUCCACCGUUGCCAAAAAAUCAAGGGUGAAGAUUAUGAACCCUGCGAGUACUUCAAGAAGGUUUUCAAUUCAGUAUGCCCAGGUGACUGGCUUGAAAGAUGGGGAGACCAGAUUGAAAAUGGCACUUUUGCUGGAAAAAUUUAAAUUCAUCAUGUCAUAUUUUGGUUAGUGUUAAGUGUGUAACUUUUAUAUUUAUGAUGCACAGGUACUGAUGUACGUAUAUAAUAUACAUUAUACAGUAUAUUGUUGUGAUGUGGCCCACUCUCUCCAAUGAUUUUGUAAUCAUGUCAUUGUUCAUUCCAUACAGAUUUUUUUCUCAGUUUUCCCAAAGGUUGGCUAUUUAUGUAGAGAGAGUGAGAGAUCUUUAGCCAUAUUUUUAAAAUAAAAUAUUGUAAGUCAAGUCUGGUGCUUCGUCUUACUGAUACGAUCUGUGCUGUAGAUACAUGUAUAUUGAAAUAUUUCUUUCUGUAGAUAAUGGCAAAAUUUAAUUACCAAUGGAAGUAUACAGGUAAUUUUAUGACUUGAUGUUUAUUCCAAUAAAGUAUGGAAGCCUC